AUGAAACCAUCUAAACUGCAAGAUCAUCUGAGAAGAUGCCACCCUGAUAAAACAGAGAAAGAUUUGAAAUACUUUCAAACACUCAAAGAUAAAUUUCAGAAGAGACCUACACUGGACAGAUUGUCCGCUUCGACGUCACAAAGAAAUGAUGAUGGUUUGAGGGCGUCUUACAAUAUCUCGUUACUUAUAGCAAAAUCCGGAAAACCGCAUACUAUCGGAAAAAAGUUAAUUUUGCCAGCCGUUGAAGAGGUUUUAAAAACUUUUACACAAACCAGCAUCUGA